AUCAAAAUGGCGGCGCGAGGUGAAUGUACUUCGUCGUUAAUCUCAAUAAAAGAGUUCAAACUACAGUUUCAAGAACUUGAUCUGGAAGAGAUGGCGGGAGAGAUGAACGUGUCCAUGGAGAUAAUGACAGACUUGACUGAAGUGUGUAGGUAAGAUUAAUCAUUAGGAAUUUUAAGAGGCUGUAAGCAAUGAAGAAUUGUUUCAAAAGUGAAUCAGUAAUAUUAUUCAAUUCAGACAGUUAACUUGAUAACAUCUAGCCCUAAAAAAAAGAAAAUAUAUUUCUACAGGGUAGCUUAAAAGGGAUAAGCUGUGCGAUCUCAGGCAACUUUUUUAUGGCGCAUUUCCACGUACGGUGGGGCCAGUUGGGCCCUCCAUAAGGCUUGACCUCUAGCGAGUCUCUAGGCUUCAUCCCCAGCUGUGAGGCCCUGUCAGGGUAAAAUUCUGACAAGCGACAUGGCUUUGAGACAUUGACAUUGACAAAAGACACAUAGAUGGCUUGAAACUGCGACAGCAACAGAGAAAAACGCAAAUACAACAGUAAAAUACCAAAGGUGACUUGGCUUCCUCCUCAAUAUGCCAAAUGACUGGUUUUGAAAUUCUGACCAGGGGCAUACAUAAACCCCACUAAGAGGACCUGAGCUGUGGGUGUCUUAUGGUGACCACAAUUUUCCCUGUCUUGGAGCUUGACCCAAAGGUUCCAGGGUCGUUGUUUAAAUUGGCUGAUAAAAGCCCAAAAAGUGCUCCCAGCCUUGAGGUUUGGAGAAUCUCAGGUGCUGUGAUAGUGCUGGAUUCAUGGUGGGUGUUGGGGGGGGGGAAAGGGGAGUUCUAGGGGGUAAGGUUAAUGCAAGUUUAUAAAGAAUACAUUGAAAUUAAAUACAAAUUAUUCCCCAUGAAAGGUUCUAUGUUCACCAGAAAUGACAUGUACUGAUCUGUAAAUGGUGGAAAAUGAUUAGCUGUAAGGCGGUAGGGAAAAAUUUUAAAUGGUGCACAAGUUUGGAUUCCUCCAAUAAAAAAAUUAUAGGAACUGCCCCGGUUUAAGAUCUCUGUUGUGCCCAUUCAGUGGCAUUUUCACAAACCAGUUUAUUUUUAGAUUGAUUCUCCCACAAACUUUGUCUAUCAAAUAAUUCUUCCUUUGUUCAAAUUAUCUAGUGUUCUUCCUCUUAAUCUUUUUUAGUUUAAAACAAUCUGCGUUAUUUUGCACAAUGUGUUCAAUAAUGGAACACCUCCAAAGGUUUCCAACUUAUUUACGUAUUUUUCAAAAAUUCAUCAUCAUAAAACAUGAUUUUCUGUGGCUGGCAAUUUCUACCUUAAGCAAUUGAGAACAGACCAUAAUAUGAAGAAUUGGUGCAAAGACAUGGAAUAGAUAUGGAAUAUUGUUCCCGACAGUGAUCAUGCUCUACCUAAAUAUAUAUUUAAGAAUACCCUACCGAGUUGGCUACUGGACAUUUUAUGUUGACGUGCGUACUUUAAUUGACAUAUUUAGUAAAUAUUAAAUUUCCAGGUUAAUUUCAUUCAUACAUUGUUUUAUGUACCUAUAAAUUUGAAAUGUGUAUGUACUCACUGUCUUGUUAAUUCAAUAUGGUGAUGUUCCUGUAUCUGUCUUCUUUAUUGUUAUGCUUGAAGUUCUUCUCCCUGUUAUUGUAAUUUUUUUUUACUUUUCCUUCCCACCUUGACUAGCUAGGCUAUUUUGCGGGCAAGGAUCAAUUGGUAUGAUAUGUAUCCAAAGUGUUUUAAUAAACUUGAACUUAAACUUGAACUUCAUACAAAUCAGGCAGCAAAAACUGGAGACAAGGAAACAGCAUUUCUGGUGGUUUCAUGGCAUCCCCUUUUUUGUUAUUUAUUGUACUGUGGAUAUGCACACAUACAGGACAGUGUUUCCAUUUUUGUGGGGUAAAGGUCUCCAAAAUGAUGCUGAAAAUAACUGAUCUGUGUACACGCUGUUGCAUGGGCUAAGUAUGGUAGUUGCUUGCACCAGGUUAUGGGAUCCUGCUGACAUUCAAGUCAGCUAAACUCUUUUCAGUCUGAUGCACCAGUCAAAAGCAGUUUUUUAUAUGCAGCUAUAUAUACAUCUGGAGACUGAGCCCAGACCUUUUCCUGUCCAGCUCUCUCUCCUCUUCCCUCCCUUCAAUCCAACUUUGGAGCAGUAUUAGCAUUUUUUUACUGGUAAUUUAAUACCCAAGAAAAUUGUUGACAGUCAUUCUCCAUGUUGUCACAAGGCUUACUAGUAUCUGUACAUAGCUUUUUGGACUCAGAGUCACACUUCAGUUUUCUUAGUUUUCCAUUGAUACUGGACACACUGCAACCUUGAUAUAUAAUGAAGGACAUAGGGUCAGGCAAAAUUUUUUCCCCACAUUGAGGGUUGCUAUGACAGAAGUGAGAAUAUUAUUACCAAGGACUUCGUUAUAGUUAUAGAGGUUUCUUAUAUCAAGUUUCCACUGUUGUAGUUCAAUCUAGCAUUCCUUUAAAGCUAUCAGUCUUAUAAUAAGGUACAUGUAUGGUUCAUAUACUGACUCUUCUAUUUUUCCUUCCUUUUUUUCUUCCAUUUUUUUCCCUUUUAUUUGGACAAGUCCAAGCAACUUAAAGGUAUUUACCAGUAAUGUCAAGGCUGUCACUAAGGGCCGGGGACCAGGGAUUUUCCUUGCCUAUCAUAAGCAUGAUCCCUGACUUAACUUCUAAGGGAGACAAAGGGGGAAAACAAUUCCCUGCCAACUAAUUACACCAACCUGGCAACUUGAAAUCUUAGUGACAGCCCUGAAAGACAAUGUAAUGUAUUUUUAAUAGAAUCAUGUAAUUGGAUCUGAUGUCCGUUUUUCAACCAGUGACUCAUGGAGAAGGGAUUUACACAGUGAUUAUGUUUUUAAUAAAAAGUUAUGCCUGGACAAGCUAAAAGCUUAGCAUUUUUAAAAAUAAUGUGGUACCAGAUUAAGUUUGCGGAUGUUUGUUAGUCUCUUGUUUUCUUUUGUCUGAGCUUUAUUAGAUUUUGCAAGACAAGUAUUUCCUUUUUCACAAGCAAAAAGAUGGCAGUAUGACAGUUUGGAAGGAGAAUCUUUAAGUUUAUCUGACGUUAACUGUGGCUUUUAUCUGGGUACCUCUUUAAUUCAUUUGCACAUCAUGACUGUUUUUUUUUUUUUUUUUUUGGUAUCAAAAAAUAUCAUGAUUGAUAAAGCUGCAUUUCCUUUGCUUUUUAAGGGGAAAGUAAUGAAUUAAAAUCCAUAUGUCAUGAUUUCAUCAAUUAAGUGAACAGAAUUUACCUGUAAGUAACUUUAAAUGCACUAAUUUAGGGUGAUAUUUUCUGUUUUCUAGUGUGCUGCUGAACCAGAAAGUCUAGAAUCUAUUGAUAUCUUUAAAGACCAGAUUCCUGAAGGAGUUGAACUUCAUUCACUGAGGUAAGAUACUCUUCACUAUGGAUAAAAACCAAUUUUUUGCCCUCCCUGUUUGCAUGAAAUAUCAAAUGUGGAAUCUUUACAAGGCUGUGAAGUGCAUCUAGCUAUUUUUGCACCAUAUUUUUUUGCUUAGGUUGCAUUCCUUUUAGCCAAUCAAAAUCUGGAUUUUGCAAUCGAAACUUCGAUCUUUUGUUCCAUAAGGACCAAACCAAUCUAAGAUUGCAAUCCGAACGAUCUACCUCUGAGCAUGGAUCGUUCAGAUCGGUGUCUCAAUACGGAUGGGCUUAUCUACGGAAGGAAAUUUGCGUUUCAAAAUCGAUUUGGCUAGCCUUAUAGUUGGAAGUAAAUUCACCUUUUUUGCUUUGUUUUACUUUGCAUUUGAGGGCAAUUUUCCAAGUACAAGCCCCCCGGGGGGCUUAUAUUUGGAGGGGUGAUUUAACGGAGGGUUUUUUACGUUACGAGUUUGGGGAGCUUAUAUUUGGAGGGGCUUAUACACGGAGGGACUUAUUUUCGGAAUUUUACGUAUUUAACUCAAGUUCCACUGUCACUCUAAAUACGUUAGGAAGUGAAAACACUUAGAUUUUCUCACUGUAAAACUAUACUGUCCAUUGUCUGUUUGUGUUAAGAACGUGCUUCUCAGCGCUUAAGAAUUCGUAAUUGUCUUCUGAAUUUUGUUGAAUCAAAUUCCAGAUAAUGUUACGUUGAUGAGUUCCAGUAUGAACCACCACUAGUUAAAGAGCUAAUUUUCUUUCCGUUUCUCCACGAGAAGAUGCUUUUAGCAGAAAGAAGUAAAACAGGAUGCGUUGAGAUUGAUCGGAACUGCAGGCUGCUGCUGUAUGGAUCAAUCUCAUUUCAGAUUUUUGUUCCGGCUAGCACGAAAAUCCAAAUAAUCUGGAUUGUCCAAAUCCGAAAAAAGUUUGGCUAAAAGGAAUGUAACCUUAAAGAAUAUAAAAGGAUAUUGCCUGUAAUAAAUUCACCAUUGCUUUGUGACUUUACAGGCUGCUUAAAGAGAGGAAAGGAAAACUCACCUCACACAAGAAAGAAGUGAAUUAUAUAGUAAAAGUAUGUUUCUUUUUAACUGACAUUUUAAAGUUGAUUAUCAGGUUUAUGACUGUGUGUUUGUAACUGUCUUUGAUAGAAGCGUACCUGUGUGCAGCACGAAAUCGUUAUACAUAAAAAUGUUUUACACUGAGCAGGAUAUGAUGGCACCAAACAUAAGUAGACUGAAAGGAAAGGUCAUUAUUUUUCUGAAAUGCACAAUGAUCAAUUAAUCCAGAAAAAGCACUAUGUAGAGAGUGCAACCAAAAAUAGGCAAAGCAACCACCAUGGGACUUAAUGGGAUGUAAAGCUUUGACUGUGACUAAAGAACUUAUUAUUGUGACAUGUCUAAAUUAUAUACAGGAAGUAGCACCAACAAAGGAGCCCUUAGCAUUUGAAGAGGUUAAAACAGAUGAAGUGAUCUUGUCAGUUGCUAUUUAUCAUCCAAGAAAGGUUAGUAUGUUAAUCACUCUGUAAGACCUUUUAUCAUAUGGCUGAGUCUGCGAGGGAGUGGGCAAGAUGAAGUGAAUCCUGCAUUCUGAUUGGCCACACAAGCGGGCAAGCUGUGCCCAUCUUGCUCACUCAGGAAUUCCCGCCUUGGUCCCAGGACAUCAAGUAAAGAGAUAAAAGCAUGUAAUGUUAAUUUUGUUUCACAUGUAUUACUUUUUUGUUGGUAGAGGUGCCUCUGUUCUUGUUGUUUUCAAAAUUUCUAAUAAUUUUUUCUAAUAUUAUUUUUUUUCUCAUCCUUGACCAGCAAAACAAGGUUCAAGAAUUUCUCGUGUUAGGCAGUCAGGUAAAUGCUUUGUAUGAUUUUGAUUGAAAGACUCUUCAUCAUAUCUACAUUUAUUUGUCCAAGCCUUAAAAAUUGCAGAUUUAUGGUUUUAUUUUUAUUUAUUUAUUUUCUUUGGAAAACAGGCCAUUUUCAAGUUGCUCUGAACCUGUGUCAUAGUAAAGUAAGUGCAAAGCCUUUUAUAAGAACAAAUUAAUAAAUUCAUGUUCAUGAGAAAGGUUUUGUGCUUAGCCUUAUUUUGAAUUAAGGGGGGUUAGGGAAUUUGAUAAAGGCCUAUUUUUUACUUACUGUUUUAAGAAAGAGGGGCGAUCAUUAAUUGCUUAUUAAUAAUAACUGAAAAAAUCCUGAUUUUAAUUAAUCUACAUGUAAUCUUCAUCCAAUUGUUUUAAUUUUGUUGCCAGUGCCUUACAGAAUUACGUGACAAGAUUUUCUGUACAGCUGAUGGAAUGAUACUUGGAGAUCACAGUGAAAAUCCCGAUGCCCUUUCACAGCCAACAGCUAAGGUGUGUAUGUUACAAUCAUCAGGUGACACCCGUAAUAGCAUGUAGGUGAUGGCAUAGGCCACAGGCCAAGUGCAAACAGCCUACUCUGUUGUAGAGUUUUCAGAGCUGGGGAUUAUGGUAGGGGAACACAAAAUGAAUGUGCUGACUUUGACUAUCCAUAACUUACAAGUGGUACAACAAAAACUGGCUUUUUCUUGUUGCAAGAAACUGUUAACCUUAUGGGCGUGACGUAAAAAAAAUAUGAAAACAAAGAAGUCAGCUCAACAGAACCUAGGAAAACAAAAGAUGCAAAACAAAGAAAAAGUUCACUGGUCCUUAGUCUUACACCGAGGUAAACCCUAAAAAAUCGUCAAAUUUCGUCACUUUUCUUGUAAUUUAUCAAAAAACAUUAAUUUCCCCAUGUGAACGAUUUACUGGUACUUAUUGUGAUUGAGAGGGAAAAUAAUAUCCAAAGCUUACUGGAGCAUUUUCUCUUCCAGCUUUAUUUCGCAGAAUAAAAUUCGGUGCAUGUUACUUUUGGUUGAGUCAUUGUUGACUCCAUGAGUGCACGCUCAGAAGUAAUCCCCAUAUAAAUCGAACACUUGUUUAUAGGCUACCGUAAAAUUCCGAAAAUAAGCCCCUCCAUGUAUAAGCACCUCCAAAUAUAAGCCCCCCAAACCAGUAACGCAAAAACCCUACGUUAAAUCGCCCCUCCAAAUAUAAGCCUCCCAGGGGCUUGUACUUGGAAAAUUGCCCUCAAAUACAAAGUAAAACAAAGCAAAAACGGUAAAUUUACUUCCAACUAUAAGGCUGGCCCAAUCGAUUUUGAAACGCAAAUAAGCCCCUCCGAAUAUAAGCCCCGGGGCUUAUUUUCCGAAUUUUACGGUAUUUCCCUCAUGAUUAUACAGGCCUUUAUCUUCCCUGCAAGCAGAGAUAUCUCAAGGCAAGCCAUAAAUAAGAGGAAAGAGAGAGAGAGACCUCUGCCAACCCCUGAUGCGUUUUCUAUCACGCAAGUACUGGCAUUUUACUAAGGUUUUAGUCACGAGGGACAAAACGGAGCAACCCGGUUCUCUCGAUAGCGAGUGUGGGCUCAGAAAUUCCAGCAUGAAGUCUCAACAGGCCACGCGCAUUUCACGUUAAACGAAACCGAUCUUGAAAAGUAGUAAGUUUCGAAAAUGUGGUCAGCGACUACAUGAAAGAGCGCCUCAGGGGCCGGCAGAUUUUUCUCUUUUUCCUAUCAUUUUUCUCUCGCUGUGAGAGACCUCCUGCUAGGAGGGAAAGGUUUAUAAAGUUUUACAUCAAAGACCUUAUUUCUCGUUGCUUGGUAAUAACAUUGCAGGAAAAUUUCAAAUCUGGAUUCUUCUUCAUUGAAGGGGUAUUCUAUAAUGAUAGAAGAGAUCCAUUGUCAAGGGAUUACAGCAAGUAAGUAAGAUAAGAAGUCGUGAUCCUUGUUUCCUUAACCGCACAUCACCUUGUUAUUACACUGCAUGUGAUAAUGCUAUCCGUGAUUUUCUCCAAAAUAAAGUUAAGGACGUUUUUAUUUUACUCUAUAAGAGUUAUUAGAGACUGGGCAAAAGACCCUCAGCGAAGAAAGUGUCCGGGACUUGGAUUAUUCACUAGUAAACGAAUGGAAGAUGUGGUGUUUGAAGACCUGAAGAUCAGGCUGGGUUAUCCAUAUUUAUACUGUCAUCAAGGAAAUUGUGAACAUCUUAUUAUUUUUACUGAUUUGAGGUAAGUUUUAUCAAAGACAUUUAAACAUUUUCCCUUUACGAGAACGUACAUAAACGUCUAUGCAGGACUUUUAAAUCCUUUGUAGCCUGAAAAAGUGUGUAAAUAAACAAGAAAAUUUGAUGUUAUGAAUUUUAGACGUGACUCUUUUUUUCAGAAAAUUCCAAUUUCCUAGAGUUACUAGUUACUCCUUUAAACUCAGACUCUGUCAGUCCAGUUAAAUCUCCUAUUCUCUCUCUAUUUUCUCACGGGAAUACAAAUGACAGCUCACUGUCAUGCGAAUUCUGUUCAAUUCCGUUUGUUCGUUGAUCUUUUUCUGUGUUUUUGCCCUUUCGAUAUUCGAUCUUUUGCUCACUCGCUUGCGCGUACGUUAGUUCUUUUUAAGGUAAGGUAAAACGGGCAACAAAAAACGUGCAACUUGUUUUGCCACACAUCUGCAAAACGAGUUGGAAAGCUAUGCAAUGUUGCCCGUUUUACCACCCUUAAAUGAAACCUGAUUUGUUGCGAGACAGGUUUGGACGUGGGUGGUAAAAUGCGCAACAUCCCUUUCCAACUCGUUUUGCAGUAAUGUUACAAAACAAGUUGCACGCUUUUGUUGCCCGUUUAACUGUAUCUUUAGAUCUUUCACUGGCUAUGGCCCUUUUUUUGAUUGUUAGACCAGGGGUCCAGUUAUUUUUCUCAGUGGCAGAUGCUAGUAGAACGAGAGUAAUACGCGGACUCGCGUAAAAAUUGGCGCGCGCGAGGUGAAAGGACACUAAGGUGACGCCUUCAACGAAUGAGUGGCGUCUUGUUUCAUCUUCGAUUUUUGUCUUCAGGCUGUUGGAUGUAGAUGACGAAAGAAACGCAAAUGAAUACCCAUUGCAGGUAUUUAAACACCGUGGAAAAAGGCUGAGAUGCCGCGUUUGUGACGUCUAUACUGCAAGGUACUUGUUUAAAAUACUAUUGUUGCAAAGAGACCUUUGCGCUGUUUUUUUUUAACUUUUCUCGUGGAUUAGGUGGAGAAAAUCUGUCGAUAACUGUGAAAAAUGCGCCUUAAAUUCAUUCAAGUUGCCGAGUUUGACAGUGAUGUCAGUGUUGAAAACAAACGAAAUAAUAGCGAAGAUUUACAGUCUUUUGCAUUUUGAGUGACAAGUUUGUGCCAUACAAAUUACGCCUGUAAAAUUUCGUGAAAAUGGGAGCCCGGUCUUCGGGUCUUGGCCGAGUUGGUGCCUUAGCUUGUUCAUGGGAUUACCGGAAAGGUUUAUUCAGUAUUUUCACAUUGAUCACAAUGCACCUUGUACUUCCAAAAAAAAAAAAAAAAAAAAAAAAAAAAAAAAAUUUGCCAUCGUCUUCGAGUUGUCUUGGGACGACUGUAACACCCAGGAGAAAAUCGGAAACAAUGCUUAUGCAAAAUUUUGGUGGAUAAACAGGUUGCAUAAUGGUCUAUAUGAAAAUGGUGAAUUCUCAUUUUCUAACAAGGGAAGGGUGUUCAAAAUGUGUAGUUAAUAAAUUGAUACCACUGGUUUCCCCGUCAAAUGGCGUCUGAGAAACGACCGCAGAAAUUCCAUACUGAUGACGUGUCACUACCCUGAUCUGGGUAGUGCGCUUCUGAUAGGUUGAAAAUUUGCUUCACCCAAUCAGAGGCACUAACCAGAUCACGCUAGUUAGACGUCAUCAGUGUGGAAUUUCUGCGUUCGUUUCUCAGACUAGAAACAGUUUUUUUGUUAGAGGUUAACAUAGAUGAAAUAAUUAUGCAAAAAUGGCGACACGAUGAAACGUAUACGUCGUUCGAUUUUAUCCGCGUUUAUACUACUACAUGAAAAAUUUCUGCAAUCUGAUUGGCUUAGAGCAGUGGUAUUUCAGCUUAAUUUGAGAUACCUACAUGUGAAAAUUACAAAACCUUUGCGAGUAGUAGUAUCAACAAAUAAUAGCAUGAUUUGUACGUGAUAUUUGGCAUAAAUACCACUCGUGAUAUUUCAAAAUUGUCUCAAAUUUCCCUCGCCUAAAGGCUCGUGAAAUUACGUAUAACAAUUUUGAAAUAUCACUUAUGGUAUUUAUGCCAAAUAUUACUACAAAUCGUACUAUUACCUAUACUAAGUUUACUUAUACGCCACUUCCACAUUUCCCAUAAUGCACCUUAUUUGCCCCCCCAAAAUUUUGCAUAAGCGUUGUUUUCAAUUUCUCUUGGGACGGCUGUAAUACCCUGGAGAGAUGAAAAACAAAGGUUAUGCAAAAAUUGGGCGGGGGGCGGGGGGGGGGCAAAUAAGGUGCAUUAUGGGAAAUGUGGAAGUGGCGUCAGAUUCAAGCUGAGAAUUUCUCAGAAUAGAAAUAAGCAGAUAAAAACUCUCCAGAACAAUUCUUAUGGAUAAAACUGGCGUGAAAUGACUUAUUUUUCAGUAGGAGUAAUAAACAGUAAAGGACAAUGAAGGGGGAAACUUGGUCACGUGGUACCGAUUCACGUUUGCCGUUUGGGGUAAACUUGUAUCUUAAAGGGGCUAUGUCAGCUGUAGAGCAUGCGCUCUUAGGUUAUGCAAAUUACUUUCAACUGUCAAAAUUCUAUUGUUUUUAACGCGUGACUUUCUCCAUGUGCGCUCUGAGGUUAUGCAAAUUACUUUCAACUGUCAAAAUUCCAUUGUUUUUAACGCGUGACUUUCUUCAUGUUCUCUGUCACGUCUAGUCCAAGGUUCCGAAUUUAGAGAGGUUAACAAGCGAAAUGGGUUUAGAUAAGGGAUAUUUCGAUAGAAUUUAUGGAACGUUUCUUCUCCGGUUAUGCUAGAUCAAGAAUAAAAUUGUGACGACAAUUUUACUUGUAGUUUUGAAGUAAAAACGCAUGCCAUUCAUAAAAUAGAGCGCAAACAAAAAUUCAACAACAACAUAUUGUCUUAUUCAACAAAAUAAAUGGAAGUUGUAUUUUACAAACGAGCUACAAAAGACGCUAGACCGAAGAUAAAGACCAAGACUGUUUCAAAUCAUUAACAAUUAGACUUGUUUGUCGCUAUUGAUUUUAUAAUUUAGAUGCUGAUAGAACAAGAGACCAAGUCUUUGUUUUGAUCUUAGGGAAACAUACAUUAUCGCGCAAAAUUGUUCGAUCGUGCCGAAUCACUGCGACGUCGAGAAAAACAGAACCCAGCAUCAUUGGUAUACUACUCCACUAUAAGCAGUCCGUUGAUAAAGGGAAAGUAAACUCUGCUAUUUUCCAAAAUUAUGCUCGAACACAAACAGUUCAAAAACAUGGCAUUUACAGGAUCUAACUCGUACUAAGGUGCCUCUCUAAGUCCGUUGAGAACAAUCUGGACGAGCAAACGGUCGUGUUUAUCUUUGCCGUGAAUCGAGAUAAAUACAAGAAGGAAUCUAGCCGAAUUUUAGAAUGUUUCCUUCGCCAGGAGUUUAGUUUCGUCACGAAACUCAUGGCCUGAUGCUCUUGUAAUCGUUUACAAAAAACGGCCGCCGCCAACUCGAUAGCCGCUUCAUUAUAUGUCCACAUACUUUGAGUACAAGAAAAAUCCAAGAGCCAGCAGCCUCUAAAAUAACUCAAUAGAAAGGUCCUGUGAACUAUAGGGAAGAUUCCAUCAAAGAUUCCAUCACUCAUUGUGGAGUAGCCGUCAUUAACUCUGCCAUUACAACGGCCGCUGAUAAGAGGACACAGUAAAUCCACGUAAAAACAUUCCACAGGCAAACAAUUUUAAAAUAACGCCAAAAAAUUGUUCUGUAAUCACCAUAGAACGAUUCUUAAUACAAAACUUCGCUAGCUAUCGAGCGAUGGCUGAGAUUUAGACAGAUAAAAACAGCCUUCCAAAAUCUCCGACACAACUUGAAAAAGUUGGGCCGUCUUUUUCAAGUUUGUUUUCAUUGGCUCGCGCAUGCGUGUUGUGUGACAUAGCCCCUUUAAUCUCUCUAUUAUCAACAUUGAACCGUCGACAACGGUGAAGGGACAGACGAUUUGCUCAGUUGAACUUUUGUCUUUCAGGUGGGUGACCAUAAAUGAUGCCUUGGCGUGUGAAGAUCCGUGUUUUUUCUGUGUAACGUGUUUUAAAGGCCUUCACUACACACCUGACGGCGAGAAGAUCUGCGACUUCCAAGCUUAUCCUUUCGUGGGAGACUUUGAUUGGUGAUUGGUAACUCUUACCAGGUUCCUGGUGGAAGUAGGUUGCAGGGAGCAAGGGAAGGUUCGUGCGGCAGAGAUUACUAACAGACAGUUGUUGAUUAUCCAUGUCAGUGAAAAUCGAGAAACGAAAUUCUCUUGGAAAUGAUAUCAGUCGAGACGUGAGCGUGGGCUCAUAAAUGAUGAACAGUCUUGUAAUCGUUCGGGGAGAGCAGCAGUGAAACGAGCCGUUAGAAAGUUUGCCUGGGAGGCAGUAUCUGACCUCUUAGAUUUCACGGUAUGUUAUCAUAUCAAGCUACAGCCGAGGAGCUUUCCCGCGAAAAUAGUCGAACGUAUUGAAUGUCAUACAAUCGUACUAAAAAGCACAAGUGAAAUUGUCAUACAGCUGGAUUUUUUUCCAACAGCUCGCGCAUAAUUGUCUUUUUCGAAAAAGAAAUUCUGUCAUUUUCUUUAAUUAACUAUUGUCAAUGAUCUUGUAUAUCUUC